ACAUACAUGCAGCCUUUCCUCACUACUAAUAGUAAUAUAAUCGUCUCUCUCUCUCUGUCUCUCUCACACACACACACAUUCAUCUCCUCUCUCUAACUUACCCCCUCUCGUCUUCCUGUAUUCGCUCCAUUCAAAUUCCCCACCCCAAAAACCCCCACUCUCAAACUCAGGCAAAAUACUGUCUCCACAUGGUUUGGAAAAACAAAUAAGGAGGAAGAAUUGGGAUCGUGUUCCUACUUAAUGUUUAGAAGCAACAAUGUGGCGGCCCGAAUUUUCGAGCGCCAGAUUUCUACUCCUGCUCCCGGCACCUCUGUCCAUUGUGCCAGACGGUUUUAUGAGAACAUAGUUCCAUGUCAUACUAUAUAUGACGUUGAAUGCCCUGACGUUCUAUUUCGUAAGUUCAGUGACGAUGGAAACUACCUUGUAACCUUCAGCAGGAAUCAUCAGGAUCUCGUUGUUUACAGACCCACUUGGCUGUCAUUUUCGUGCAGAGAAGACGAUUGUCUUAAUCAUGAUCUUCCUCCUAAAGCCAGCAAAUUCGAGAGUUUUUUUACCCAAAUGUACUGCGUCACUCUUGCUGCCAGUGGUGAGCUUAUAUGCAAAGAUUUCUUCCUGUACUCAGAAAAAAAUCAAUUUGGAAUAUUUGCAACUUCAACUGCACAAAUUCAUGAUGCACCUGCUGUUGGAGGUGCAAUUCAAGGAAUCCCAUCAAUUGAAAAAAUAACCUUUCACCUUGUAAGAUUGGAAGAUGGAGUUAUACUUGAUGAGAGGGUUUUCUGCAAUGAUUAUAUUAACUUGGCGCAUAGCAUGGGUGUUUUCUUGUACGAUGAUUUGGUGGCUAUAGUGUCUCUGCGUUAUCAGAGAAUCCACAUUCUCCAAAUCAGAGACUCUGGAAACCUUGUUGAUGUAAGAUCUAUUGGGGAAUAUUGCCGAGAAGAUGAUGAGCUUUUUCUCAAUUCCAGUGCUCAGGGUAUGACCAUUGCAGACAGAAAUACAGCACAUAAUAUUGGCAAUGGUCUGGAUAAUAUCCAUCAUAUGCCAGAGACUUCUUUUUUGAGUGGUUUAAAGCAGCGCCUGCUUUCCUUUAUAUUACGAGGGAUAUGGAAUGAAGAACAUGAUCCGACUUCAAGAAUGCAAUGCCUUAAGAAGAAGUUUUAUUUCCAUUUCCAAGAUUAUGCUGAUUUGGUUAUAUGGAAGGUGCAAUUCUUAGACCGGCAUCACCUUCUAAUAAAGUUUGGCAGUGUUGAUGGUGGGGUGGCGCGAAAUACAGAUAACCAUCCUGCAUUCUUUGCUGUGUAUAAUAUGGAGACAACAGAAAUAAUUUCAUUUUAUCAGAACUCUGCCGAGGAGCUCUAUACAUUGUUUGAGCUAUUUUGCGAGCAUUUCCAUUCCUCGUCAAAGAAUUCAUUUUACAUGAAUUUUUUAUCAACACAUUCAAACAACAUUCAUGCCCUGGAGCAGUUGAAAUGCAAUAAAACCAAAGCUAGCAGCUUGCAGCAGUUUGUUAAGAAGAUGUUAGCUACUUUGCCUUUCAAUUGUCAGUCCCAGAGCCCUUCACCCUACUUCAAUCACUCACUAUUUCGAUACGAUGAAAAGUUGAUUUCAGCAACUGACCGACACAGACAGUCUACUGACCAUCCGAUCAAAUUCAUUUUGAGGAGGCAACCUAAUACUCUCAAAUUCAAGAUCAAACCAGGUCCUGAAUCUGGGAAUUCUGAUACCCGGACGAAGAAGAUAUCGUCGUUUCUGUUUCAUCCAAUUUUGCCUCUAGCGAUUUCUGUACAACAGACUCUAUUUUUGCAACCAGCAGUUGUAAAUAUCCACUUCCGUAGAUAAUUCUUUCCCAUGAUGUCCUACACGAAUUUAUAUUUUCCGAUUGGUAAAACAUAAAUAUUGAUUUUCUUGUCUCUCUA